GAUAGCUAGAUAGAUAGAUAGUUAGAUAGAUAGAUAGAUAUUUUACAUGGCUAGCCUCACAAAUAUCGAGGGAUAUACCCUGUCUAUUAUUUCCAGGAGGGGCCAUGGCUUAGAUGGAGAGUCCUAGAGUAUUUAAUGCUCAUUUUGAGCGACGCAGACCCAAUUAGGGCCCAUGCUCUACUAGACAACUCACUGUCGGAAGAUUGGCCUAGCCAGUCUUAAGACGGUGCGCGUUCAAGAUUGGGCAGAACAGUGCUACUAAGAUCUGUGAAAAGAGGUUGCAAUCUUUUUAUUUAAAAUGGCUAAGCAUAAUCUGUUUCAUUGAGACUACUGUAAGCUGGGCAGGCUCUUCAAGUUAUGGUCUAGGAGGAUUGCUAGGAAUUAUUGCUCUAAUGACUGCAGCACAAAUGUCAAUUUUCUGAAAAGCCUUUCUAUUGGGCAUCUUAAAUCUAACACAUUAGACUAAUGCCACCACUAAGCUUGUCCUUUUGACCUACUACCCUAAAUAAAUUUUGAAUUCUUGGAGCCUUGCAGUAGUUGUUUUGGGCUAUUCCAUGAAUGGAUUUACUUAAGUUGACAUUGACAUAAGUUGAGUUUAUAUGUAUAGAAAAUGGAUUUAUAAAAGGGUUAGUAAAUUCUCCCUAUCAAUUUAUAUAGGCUUCCAAUUAAUUGAUAUCCUCCAUCAGGACUUUGUUUAUGUUCUUUAAAAAAUAUAUGCGCAUGCGCCGUAGCAGAAAAUAGGUAUUACCUGUUAAUUAACAAUAAUGACUUAGUUUGAUUGUCUCACUUGAUUACUCUGUGGUAUCACAAACACAACCAGCGGGAACGCAACAACACAACUUGAUCUGUAACAUAACAACACAACUGGAUAUCAACACAACUGCACAACCACUUGAGGCCCCACCAAGGACAUUCACUAUUGUUAAUUAGUCUACAUUAUGGAGACAACAUAUUAAUGUCAACAUUACCUUCAGUUUCUAACCCAAACCUGUGACAAACUGAAACCAGGUCUUGGUGUUCCAUCUUCGACAAUAUGGUAGUAUAGUAUAUGGUAGUACCACUCUUGAGAUCUUUCAACAACAAAGGUUUCAUCCAUUCUAACUUGUCCAACUGCAACAGAUGUGUUUUUUUUCAAUCAGCAACAUUUAAACUUUUGUCUUCUGACUCAGUAGUAGCCCACACUGGCCACCAAGUUUUAUUUCUAUGAAUUAAGAAUGUCAUUGGUGGCAGCAUAUAGCGACAGUGAAAACGAGAGUGAAGGUGAAGAGAUUGAAGUAACAGUGGCUCCCAGCAUAGUACAAAACAAAGACAAUGAGAAUGGCAAUAUGCUUGAUAUUGAAGAUGAGGAUCAAUGGCAGAGUGUGCAACCCAGUAGCACUAGAACCAAAGAUUCAUCUGCUGCUACGAAAAGUUCUUUGUUUUCAUUGUUACCACAACCAAAAGACAGCCCAGUUAAUGUAAUUGAAGAAAAAGAAGAUGAGUUCAUGUCAAGGAAACCAUUAUCUGAUACAGUAAUAUCAACGCCCGCUUCUAGUAGUAAUUCAAUUCAAAGAAAAAUUUUAAAUCUUCCAAAACCAGUUAAGGGCACCAAGAAGCAACCUGUUAAGAUAUCGAUUCCAACAUUACGAAAGGUUGAUGAUGAUUCAGAUUCAGAUGAGGAGGAAUCUAAGAAAACAAUCAUUACAAACAUGUCGAAAUCAACCUUGUUUUCAAUGUUACCCAAACCUCGACACAGCGUCACAGUUGGACAAAAUAAAAAUCGUGUUUUUCAAAAGGAAACCAAUCGAAUGCUGAUGCCUCACAGUUUAACGAAGAAAAAAGAAGUGAACACAGAUAAAGUAGUUGAUAGUUUAAAUCCAGUAAAAUCAGAUGAACAGAGUGACGAUGAUGAAGAUGACGUGUCAAGUGAUAACUUUUUCUCUCUCGAUGUUCUCUCUGAAACGAUAAAUAAUGAAAAUGGAAGUAAGGAGGUCAGUGUUCCAUCGUCUACUGCAAAGACAGUUACUGUUGAAAAUUCAGGUAACCUGGUAGGUGAAAACUCAACUAAUAGUCAGGUAAUAUCUCCGGAUAAUAAACAAAUAACUUCUCCAGAUAAUAAACAAACAACUUCUACAGAUGAUAAACAAAAGACUUCCAAUUCCACAUCUACUGCAACUAAGAAUAAUGCAUUCUUUGCGAACUUAUUCAAAAAAACAGAAGUCACUUCAACAACGUCUGCAAAGAAUUCACCAGACUUGAAACAAUCUGUUAUAAAUGUUUCCAUAGAAAGUAAUAACAAAAGCAAUGAAAUUAUACAGAGUGAUAUUAAAAAGACAAUUGGUAGUAGCACGAGUAAUAGCGUAACUGCACCCUAUGGUACCGUAACUGAACCUUAUAGCAGUGUUACUGAGCCCUAUGGUAGUGAAACUACAUCUAACAAUAGUGCAACAGAACCUUAUAACAGUGUUACUGAGACCUACAGUAAUGUCACUAAACCUUAUAGUAGUGUACCUACACCAUUUGGUGGUGUAUCUGCACCAUAUGGUGGUGUGACUUCUCCAUAUAGUAGUGUAACAGAGCCAUAUGGUCAAGUUACAGAAAUAUAUAAUAAUGCUGCAACGCAAUAUGGAAGUGUUACUGCACCUUAUGGAGAGACUUCGUUAUCAUAUGCGUCUCACAGUAAUUCUUCAGAAUCACAUGGUUAUCCAACAUCUGGAAGUCUGUUUCAAUAUGCAUAUCAAACUAAAGCAGAAGAAGAGGAUGCUUCACAACCGGAAACUUCAUCUGAAAUUGAUUACUACCAUCAACCGAACCAAGAUUUACCUGUGGAGGCUUUGAAGGCGUUGCAAGGAAGUAAAAGACGUCAUGAGGAAGUAAAUAUUAUUGAUGUUCAUGCUGAUCAAAUCCACGGUGGAAGUGAUGAGUACCUACGUAACCUUACCAAAGAAAACGUAUACGCGUCAAAAAAAGCCAAAAGGUGCCCUUCCAAGAUCACAAGAAAAAAGAAAGCAUCAAAUUACUUACUUGGCGUUUCAGGCGAAAGAACGAGAAAUGCAGCUGCGUCAAUCCUGGGCAGAAAGUCGGGCAACGAAACAACAAACACAAUCCCGUUACGGUUUUUAGCUGAUUGGAAUAUUAUAAUAUUCAUGCGUCGUACACCUAUCUUGACUUUUUAAUUAUAUAUGUGUACAUAGAUAAUAAUGUAAAGUUAUUUGUCAUCCAGUAACUGAGGCAAUGAAAAUAAAACCACUAAAUUGUUA